CAAAAAAGGAAAGAAAGACCAGUUUAAAAAAAAAAACCCUAGGCUUUAUCCACUACACUUCCAAACACAUGAAAGUCUAACAAUUUGAGAGAACCCUGGUUAUAAGUUAAUGAUUAUUGCAAAGCAAAAAGAAAGUAGCCAGCAUUUCUUAAGAGCAUUUCAGAAUAUUUCCUGCCCCUUCUUAGAACAUUUUUUUCAUAUCGGUGUUUGCAAUAUUGGGGCAAACAAAACCAAUAUUCAGGCUUAGACUGGAGUCACAUUUUGUGACUGAAAUCCACAUCAUGGCAUGACAAAGCAUGGCACUCAGGGAAUAACCACGCUUAUGAGAACGGACACUUGUACAAAAGAGUGAAGCUAGUCCUACUAGAGCGUACAUCAAAAUCCGAAUAGCUGUGCCAGACGGAAAGGACAGGGUCAAGGUACAUGUCUUCCAUGUGGCCCACCCUGCAUGGAUCCCCCUACCCCAUGGUCACUGUCACAUUUGGGUGCAGUCCUGCAGAUGCCCAGUACUACCAAGGGGCUUGAGGAUUCCAGCACCCAAAGCCUUUAAUAGCAGAACAUUCUAGGCACAAAAUUGCUUCCAGAUUUCCACAAAAACUCAAAAUUACAGGCGAACCACAGAUUGAAUUGUAAAAGGAAAAAAAAAAAGCUCUCUCCUCUUUAUUUCCUUCUGACACUUCUCUAACCCACUUUCCUCCGCUUAGUCCCCAAAUUACGAAAGCUCAGCCUCCGGGUCCUCCCAAUACCCCCAAGCCUACUUCAGCUUCCCAGUGUACCCACUUUCCCGAAAUUUCAGUCUUCGCUUUCCUAGGACUCUGGCCACGGGACUGACCAUCCCAAAACAUCCUCCCAUCUUCCCAGACCACCCUCACACCCGCCCAUUCUUCUGCCUUCCCUUGAACCCUACUCCUGCCAAUUGACCAGGAACCCUCGACCUUCCCCUCCCUUACUAGCUCUUCCCUCCAUCUUCUGCAGACUCUGCUGCUCAAGCAGGCCAGGUGAGUCAAGCUGCAACCACUAGUGGGACAAUCGGGUGUAGGUUGCUUGCUUUAUUGAACUGGUGGUCUUAGCCGUCAGCAGGCUGAGGCCAGUAUCACAGCAAGGGCUGCAGCACACAGGUCCCCCGCCCUGCCCUCCUGCUAUCCACCUCACUUCUGAUCUCAGCUUUUCAUGCUUGCUCUUCUUCCCAAGUCUGAGGCCGAACCAGCUGCCAGAGACACCCCUUGAUUUGGUUCCUGCCUGGCCGACCCUACGGAGCCACGCAGGACUCUGCUCGCACCAGUCCUCAGUGUCCACUGUGGAAGGACAGUGUGAGGGACACAGGAGCGAGGGAAGUCAGAGGAGACAAACUGUUCAUCUAAUUUGCCUCUGUGGAGGGUAAGUCCGGGACACAUGCUCCAGGUUAAGGGAGCACAGAACAGUGGGAGCAGGGGAGGAGGAAUCACAAUGCUCCAGAUGCCCAAGGGGGAGGAGAAGGGGAGGGAGGAGAGAGGAGACACAGGCUUGUUUGUCAAGGCCAAACCUGGGGGCUUCCCUUGAGACUCUUUCAAAAAGGGGAGGGGUCCUUACUGAUCCCAUUCAAGCCCUGAAGCUUAAGCCCCUCUCAGACUUCUGCUGAACUAGGAAAAUGACCCGUAGCUGAAUUCCAAAGGACAUGUGCUGAUUCUACCCAGCUGUGGCAUCUGAGGAAGAGAGGAAGAAUAUUUAGGUUCAAGGGCUCUCUAACUGGCACAUAAGUGCUCUCGAUUGAUACACAGACUUCAUGCAAUCUCAAAAUCUUAACAGGCUAGGGACAAAGCUCAAAGAAUUUGCUUUACUAUGGUAAGACCCUAGGUUUGAUCCACAACCCUUCCAAACAGUUGAAUCUAUAACAUUUUGAGAGAACCUUGGUCAUAAAUAAAUAUCAUAGCCAAGAGGCACCAAUAACACAGGUUCUCAAGAAUUUCAGAAUAAUUUCUGCCUACUCUGAGAACAUUUUACAAUAUGUUCUCUAUAUAUUGUACUGUAGUGAACAUAAUACUGGCAAACAAAUUCUUGUUUAUUGUUACAAAAUUUUUGCUGUUACAAAUUCCUGUUUGUUGUUACAACUGCAGAUGAUAAAAAUGUCUCAAAAGGUAGAUUCUAUGCUGUCUUUGGCUCUUUAAAACAAAGAUGUUCAAAUGCUAUGUCACCAAGUUAGGAUGGAAAGGUGGUUUCUGUCUCUACUGCUAUACUGACAGUAUUAAUUAAAAUGUUUAAUUUACUCUGAAAGCUUGGCUGCUGUGAAAGACACAUGGGGCUUGGAUCUGGGCCUCGAACACGGGAGACAUUUUGAUCUUUCUGAAUCUCUCAUAGGAACUGACUGGCCACUGUGAGCUUCAUCAACAGUCCACCACUUCCCGGUUGCCACCAGCCACCAUGUCCUUAUUGGGCACUGGAGGAGGGAUGUCCUGGUAACCAGGCAAGGUCUUGAGAAGCUGUGGGGGUCCUGGUGGCGGAGAAGGCCUGCCAGUAGAAGUGAGCUCUCAGUGAGUUCAGUUUUCUAGGACUUUGUUGCCUGCGCACCAAGUGGGUCUCUGUUGCCUAGAGACGACGUGAGUACAAAGCAGCUACUUAGCAACAUGGGAUGUUGGAGAAGGCUUCGAGGCCUGGCACCAAGCAAGCCUGGCCAGCAAGUGAGGGAGCAGGAACAGACAAAGCGGGGACGAAGCCAUGGCGGGACACCCAGGAAAGGUGGUCCAGGAUGAGGUUAAUAAGAGUCAGAUCUUGCGUGAACUCUACCUCAAGGAGCUCCGAACUCAGAAACUGUACACACAGUAUCAUGUGAACCCGCUUCGAAAGGUUCACACAAUUACUAGAAAGCCCAUGUCUUGGCACGAUGCCCAGGAGGAAUCAGCGGAUGCCCUGUUUCUCCAGGUCAUUCAUGCUGCCGAGGAAGCAAGGAAGAAACACCUGGAGACGCAGACUGAAAGCCAAGAAAUCGGGUGGGAGGCCAAGCCCCUGGCUUUCCAGCCCAUCUGCCCGCCCCAGGCUGUGCCCCAGGGCUGCCUAUGGAGACUGGAAUAGAGGGCACAGAGCUUAGGUCUGACGGGGAAAGAGAAUAACCAUAGCCAUUGCAUCAUCUUGAAGAGAAGAUUGCAGAAAGAGGCAGGGAGUGGAUGCCAGUAGGAGCCCCACCGCAUUCACAAGGAGGGAUGAGUCCAAAGGGGAGAUAGGCAUGAUGGGAGAGAAGAGGGACAGAGUCAAAAGAGGCCAGGGGAGAGAAGAGAGACACGGGGUCUAAGUCAGCAAGCAAGGGAAGGGAGAAAAGAGCCACGCUCAGCCGGGAGUAAGAGGAGAGCAUGAGAGAAGGAUGGCCACGGUGAAGACAAAACACGUCCUGGUUGAAGAAUUAACUUAGCAAACUGUUGCAAAACACAAAUAUGUCAACUGACUAGUCCACAGUUUCUUGAAGAGAAAAAGGCUGAUGCUGUUUGUACUGGAUCGGCUAGUGAAAAUACUACAUGCUUCUGGCAGGCCCCUCCCGCCCGGCCCUGCUCAGAUAAUUGGGUGCCCCCGUCAGCAUCAUUAUGAAAUUGCCAAAGGUCGGUGAGCAUGCCAGAUCUGCCCUUUCUAUUAUUGAGUUGUAAAUGCUGUCCUCUAUUUCACAAAUAAGGUUCAACAAGGAAAAAUCCCCGGGAGUAGUCUGAUUUGUGCCCAAGUCCUUUCUUCACCCCCCAGUUCCCCUUCCCCUCCCCACCCCCUUCUCCACAAGUUACUUUUUGACACCAGUGUUCAACUCUAGGUCAACCCAAAUCGAGAUGACCGCAGACUGAACCACUUCCGGGUCUACCAGGACAUCACUCUUUACAAGGCUAAAAUGUGGAGCUUAGGAGAAACUGAUUACCACAAGUAGAAUUGCUAACAGUGGUAUCGACAGCAGUGGUGAACAACAAAUGUAUCCUGCCGAGAAAAAUAAAGAGACUAGAUCUGACUUUUCCUGAGUUUACAUGUCUCACGUCUGUACAAAUCCACUUGUCAUGCCCAUUUUUUAUAGAUACCUUGGACACAUAAGUGGGGAAUGAGGUCAUGAGUUUAUUUCAUCACAAUGGGCCCAGGGAUUGCAGUGAAUAAUAAGAUAUGGCUUAUAGUCAUACAACAGAAAGGAAGACGGGUAUGGUGCUGCCAACAGGUCAACCUCUACCUGCGGGGCGAGUGCAUCAGCACCUGACGGUGCCGUCAGGUUUCCUGAUACCAAAAUUGCCGCUGUGCCUUUGGCUGAACCUCAACAACUUGGAGUCAAUUCAAGAAAUGGUCAAAAUUUAGGUCUUUGGGAGCCACGCCCACAAACCACCUCCAGCUCAGCUAUGCAAGCUCCUUUACUGGCCUUAUUUCAGAGACCCAUAGAUAAUGUCUCAAAAGAGAUCAACACCCACAGUUAAUCUCAGACCUAAGCAUGGCUGAACAGACCAGGAUAAAUCGGGGGUGGGGGGUGGCUUGGCCUGUGCCCCACCCAAGCAGAGCCCCUGACAGCCACUUGCUUCCAUAAUCCAAAAUCACCACCACAUUGACUCCACUAUCUCAGGUCAGAACUCACCAAGAUAUAUAAGCUGUUGAAAAUUCUGGUAUGCAGGUUUUGUGACUGAAAUCUCCAGGCUUUCUCAGAGUUGAGAUGGGCUAUCUCCCCCCACUUCCUAACACAUGGAAGCACUGGCAGUCACCCCCACCCCCCACCCCAAACCAACUCCAGUGCCACCAUGUAAGCUUUACUACUGGCCUUGCUUCCGAGACCCAUAAAUCUCAAAAGAGAUCGAAAGGUGCAGUUAAUCUUGGACCCGCACAUGGCUGAACAGACUGGGGUAAAUCUGACGGGGGCAGGUUGGCCUGUGCCUGCCCAAGCAGAACCCCCAGCAGCUGCUUGCUUCCACAACACAAAAUCACUGCCAUACCCCUGGCCUGACUGUCUCAGGAUGGAGCUCACCAAGAUAUAAUCUGCUGAAAAUUUUGGUAUGCGGGUUUCUUGAGGUCGAGAAGGGUUACCUCCCCCACCUCUCUGUACUUCUGGAAGCCUUGGCAGUCACAUCCAUACCUCACAGCUUCCACUCAACUGAAAAGAUACUUCCAGCCUUACUGUCCCAAUAAAAAUAUCGAAUGCCCUGAACAAACACCAUGACCUUUUAGCAUCUGUAUUACAAACCAUAAUGCACAAAAGGAAAAGGAGAGAGCAAGAAGGAAAGUGCCCUCUGGGGGUGGGGGAUGGGGAUGGGGAAAUGGGACAUUGGUGGUAGGAAACGUACACUGGUGGAAGAAUGGGUGCUCAAUCACUGUAUGCCUGAAACCCAUUAUGAACAACAGCUUUGUAAUGGUAUAUCACACGGAUAUCCAACCAGAAAAAAAAUUUUUAAUGUAAUGUGGAGUUUAUGCCCAAUCCAAUUAGCUUAAUUAAUGGCUGAAUAAAUAGCAGUACUACAUUAAAAAAGAAAGGGAGACACAUAUAUCACAAGGGAGCAAAUUAUUUCCUUUCUGAGCUCCGGAUCAGGAUACUUUCCUAGCAUAGAUUGCUUUAAGUGAAACCCAUGUAGUUAGGGAGCUGCAGUCAGCACACAGCUGCUCUUAAAUUUCAGGCUCUGACAUUGGCACUUUUAACCUUUACUUGGUCCAAAAGUACAUGGAUGAUGUUCUAAACUAUUAUCUAAAAUUAUACUAACAAAUUCAAACCCUUACUCUUAUAAACUGGCUUAUAUUAUAAACUGGUUGUAGUUUAUAAACUGGAAUUCCUUUAGUUAAAGAUGGAUGCUAUUAUCUUCUCUGCCUUUCCAAAGGAUAAUAUGGGGUGGGAGGCAGAAAAGACUCAACAGAGAUGAGAAACCUAGCGACCUAGAAGAUGAAGGACACCUAGAAGAUCUGGUGGGAGGUGAAGAAACCGAACGCUGCAAAUGGAAUGGUGAAUACGCAUCUCGCCUGAGCUCGGGAAAGAAUGUGGGCUGCACAUCAGGAGCCUGAGCUCAGUCACUGGAAAGGUGACUGAAGGGACCCCCACCCUCAUCCCCAGAGGCAUCUGCAGAUUUAUUUCAUGGGCAAAGAGGAGAAUUUAGGAACACAAACAGGGCAGGCACAAGGUAUGAGGUCGAAACAGGAAAACUCAAGAAACCAAGGUUGAAUUGCUAGUGUUGGCAUGUCCCAUUUUGUCCUGGGUUGCAAGCUGGACAUUUCCCCCAUGAAAAAGUGGAAGUCCCCUCAAGACUCCCACAUAUACCAUUUUAAACUCCCCUCAGUGAAAGCCAGCUGGUGAGCAUGCGAGUGCAAGGGAGAGCCAGGGGCCGACAGGGCAUGAGAAGGUGUAAGAGACCUGCUGCUCCCUGCCUAGCCAGUCUCCCAAGAGCCAGAGCGCCCAGCAUCAACAUGCCGAUGACUGCUAUUUCUCCUAUAGCUGGACUUGCAUUUUAUGCCAAUUACUUUUCAUUUCUUGGCUGCAUUUUGAUCUUUGUUGGUCACUUCCAUCUUCUCCAACCCCCCACCCCCCACAUUGGGGAUCACAGCGGGGUGUCAGGAUGGCCUGUGGGGAGUUAGCUCUUAGUCUCACACUUUGCCCUGGGUGCUUUGUAAGCCACUGAACCAUCAUGUGGAUUAAACUGAAGGGCUGUCAUGACCACCUCCCCAGAAGUGGUGGCGGGCCUGGGGUCUGAACUGCCAGGUAGGCAUUUUAAGUCCCUGAACUUCCUUUCCAGGGUUCUCAAAGACCUAUUUCGGUAAUGCGAUGAGGGCAACACAACUUCCCACUGAAAACUGUGUGACCUGAGUAAUGUUUAGAGACCACUGAGGGCUGAGAAGGAAACUGGGGACACCAGUGGAGGAAAGUGGACACUGGCAAUGCAAUUGGCCUUGAAAUAUUGUAUAUCUGAAACUCAAUCAUGAAUUACAUUGCAACUUUGUAACUGAUUCAUUAAAAAUACUUAAAAAAAAAGAAGUAAAAUCACACAUGCCAGAUGGAUGCAAAGAAUGGCACGUAUUUAUUUAGGGAGCUGAGGUUUUCUCUUAUCUUUUAAUGCAUAAAAUUUUUUUAAUUUUAGGCACCAUGGUUUACAAAGCUGUUAUUCACACAUGAAACAUUCUAGAAUCACACACUCCACCAGAGUCCACUUCCCUCUCUCCCCCUGCCCCCAUGGUAAACUACUAAAGACCAGUCCUGUUUCUGCUGUCUUUGGGCAUUUGCUAUUUUCCUAUUGUUUCUUUAUAUCCCACAAGAUCAUUCCAUCUGUCCCUCUCCUAACUUCACUCAACAUGAUACUCUCCAGAUCCAUCCACGGAGAAGCAAACUGCAUGAUUUCACCCUUUCUUAUAGUCAAGUA